CCUCCUAGCGGACAUUUUGUUUGUUUCUGUCAGGCUGCAUCUGGCUGGGUCUCUGUAACGCUUGGGUGGACCGCAGGUGGAGGUAUUGGGAAAGCGCGGAGAUGUUGUCCCCAGCGUCCCGAGACGCGUCCGAAGCUCUACAGGGAUGGGCAUACCUGCGUCCCCGAUCGAGACGCCUGCCGCUCCCGGCAGCUGUCCGCGCCCACGGUCCUGUGGCGGAGCUAACGGACUCCGCGCGGGGCUGUGUGGUCUUUGAGGAUGUGUUUGUAUACUUCUCUCGGGAAGAAUGGGAGCUUCUUGAUGAUGCUCAGAGACUUUUGUACCAUGAUGUGAUGCUGGAGAACUUUGCACUUUUAGCCUCACUAGGAAUUGCAUUUUCUGGAUCAUGUGCAGUCAUUAAACUAGAGCAAGCAGAAGAGCCCUGGGUGUAUGACCAGGUGGAUAUGACUUCAGCCACAGAAAGAGAGGCCCAGAGGGGACUUAGACAUGGUUGUUGGUAUGGAGUGGAGGAUGAGGAGGUAUCUUCUGAGCAGAGCAUUUCUGUAGCAGGAGUGUCACAGGGAAGGACUCUCAUGGCAGAGCUGCAGACUCACCCAUGUGACAUAUGUGGCCCAAUAUUGAAAGAUACCUUAUACCCAGCUAAGUACCAUGGGGGAAAAGCCAGGCAGAAACCAUACUUGUCCGGGGCGUGUGGAAAGCAAUUCUGGUUCAGUACAGACUUUGACCAGAACCAGCCCAAUGAAGGGAAACUCUUCCUAAGGAAGGAGAGCAGAGACUCCGUGAAAAGCUGCAGAGUCCAUGUGCCAGAGAAGACCCUCACAUGUGGGAAAAGUGGGAGAGACUUUUCAGCCACAUCUGGCCUUGUUCAGCAUCAGGCCUCUCACAGCAGGAUGAAGCCCCACAAGAGCACUAAGCUUGUGAGUGGCUUUCGCAUGGGACAGAGGUAUCACAAGUGUGGUGAAUGUGGGAAAGCCUUCACCCGCAAAGACACACUUGCUCGGCAUAAGAGAAUCCACACUGGAGAAAGGCCUUAUGAGUGUAGCGAAUGUGGGAAAUUCUUCAGCCAAAGCUACGACCUCUUUAAACACCAGACAGUUCACACUGGAGAAAGGCCAUAUGAGUGCAGCGAAUGUGGGAAAUUCUUUAGACAAAUCUCUGGCCUGAUUGAGCACAGGCGAGUUCACACAGGUGAAAGACUCUAUCAGUGUGGCAGAUGUGGGAAAUUCUUUAGCAGUAAGUCUAAUCUCAUUCGACACCAGGAAGUUCACACAGGAGCCAGGCCUUAUGUAUGCAGUGAAUGUGGGAAAGAAUUCAGUCGGAAACACACACUUGUUCUGCACCAACGAACUCACACUGGAGAAAGGCCUUAUGAGUGCAGUGAAUGUGGGAAGGCCUUUAGCCAAAGCUCCCACCUUAAUGUACACUGGAGAAUUCACAGCAGUGAUUACGAGUGUAGCAGAUGUGGUAAAGCUUUCAGCUGCAUCUCUAAACUCAUUCAACACCAGAAAGUUCACUCUGGAGAAAAGCCUUAUGAGUGCAGCAAGUGUGGGAAAGCCUUCACUCAAAGACCCAACCUCAUCAGGCACUGGAAAGUCCACACUGGGGAAAGGCCUUAUGUGUGUAGUGAGUGCGGGAGAGAGUUCAUCCGGAAACAGACACUUGUUCUGCACCAGAGGGUUCACGCUGGAGAAAAGCUUUAAGAGUGUAGCAAAUGUGGGGAAACUCUUAGGCCAAUGCCCCCAACUUACUCUAUGGUGGGGAACUAGCAGUAGUUAAUGAGUGCAGCAGAUACAGGAAAGCCUUUCCAUGGAGGCUGAACCUUACCCGCCACUGGAAAUUUCACACCAGACACAGGCCUUAGCAGUCCAAGCAAUGUGCUGUCUCUGUUCAGCCUAACAGCUCACCCUAGAGUGGAACUCUGGGAGCAGCCAUUGUGAGGGAACCAUCAGUCAGAAGUGAAACUUCAUAGAUACGGACAUUCCCACUGGGGAGAUUCCCUGUGAGCACCAAGUAUGUGAGAUGCUUUCAACAGCUGUGUUUCACUUUUUAAAUGGCUAUUGGCCUUUGCUGGGGCAGGAGCCAUCUGCCCCUACCAUUUGGCAGAAUCAUACUGCGUUUACCAUUUACCCCAGCAUGCUUAUGACAGGCAGACCUCUCUUCUCUUCCCAGUCCCUAAAAGGAUUGUAAGUGGUCUCACAGCCCAUUAGGGGUCUUAAUUUUCUCUCUUUUGAUGUAAAUGGCAUGGAAAUAAUCAGCUUUGUUCAAGAGGACACAAAAGGAUUCUGCAGAUAGCCUGCAGAGGCUUACCUGCGUUGAUGGUUUGGUUUCAUAUGAUGCUCAUUAUGGAUAUAUCCAAUCUCCAAGUCACCCAGCUCUGGAACUGCCCGCUUCACAUUGCUCAUUAUAAUAAAGGCCUGUUCUUUAAGCCAC